CGUUAUUUAAAAAAGAAUCGAUUUUUGAGUGAAAUAUUCUCUGGAAACACGAAAGAGUACCUUUCUACUAUAUACUUUAGAUGAAAUUUAUAACUGCGACGGAACACCCUCUACCAGUCAAUAGAGAAACUAUAGAGGCUAAGUAGGAAAGGUGGGGGCAGCCACUUGCCGAAGUGUGGGUGGUGGUAUGAACCAAUAAGAUUCUCGAGCGGGAGAUAGUGCAGAGAAUUACAUCGAACGCACGCCACAGAUACCAAGAGGAAGAGUUGACGUAUGCAUUUGCCAAUUCAUUCACUACUUUACUACAUCUGUAGACAGUAAAGUUACGGAAGGAACGUUAAUAUAUAGUAAAAAAACAAGUGAAAGAAGAAUAUAAAAAGGUAAAGGAUUUCUGCCGUCAGAAUGGUCAUUCGGGGUUUCUUCUUGACAGCAAUGUUGGCGACAUUUGUGACAACUUUGUCUGCUGUCGAUCCCCUAUCCACACUGGAAUGCCGCAGAACAGAAUAUUUUUAUAAGGCAACGAGAACGGACGAAAGGGGACGACAAUGUUGGGAUAAUCUUAGAGUCAUGUCCUGUUGGGGCAGGUGUGAUUCUAUUGAGAUUGCCGAUUGGAGGUUUCCUUACAAGAAAUCCUAUCAUCCCGUCUGUAUGCAUAAAGAGAAGAUCUUACGAAGGAUCAAAUUAAAACAUUGUGAUCCAGAUGCUGGACCAGAAUUGAGAAAAUAUCAAUAUUACGAAGCUAUAACCUGCGCUUGUCAAUUUUGCGAAAGCUCAACGGCGAGUUGUGGUAAUGUAAUACCUUACAGAAAUGGGAGACGUUAAUAUUUAAAACUUAAAAAAAACAAUAACAAAAAUUAAAAAAAAGAGAGAGAGAGAGAAAAAAAUAAAAAAAAUAAAUUCCUCCGUUUCUCCCCCUCCCCACACACACACAAAAAUAAAAUUUCGUUUUUUAUUUUUUCCGUUUUUCGUCUUAAAAAAACGCACUUUUUUGCCAUUCCUCCCACCAAUAAACAGUCUUGGAUUUUUAUAAUCCGUGACGAAAGCAAAUCCGGUCCAAUCAGAAUUAAAAACAGAUAAUUUAGGUAGGUCUUCUUUAAUUGGUCGAAUUUGAAUUUUAAAUUUAAAAAAAAAGUAAUAUAUAUAUAUAUAUGAAUGUAAAGUGGAUUUAUGAUGUUAACUCUUAACGAUAUUUUCUUCUUUUCGUUUUUUAACGAGUUCGGAACAUUAUAUUGAAUAAAAUAUGAAAAUGUAUCGAUAAAUUAUGCACGACAUUAAGCUAAAAAAAGACUGUUUUUUAAUAAUAAACUGUAAGAAAAAACAUUUUUUUUUCUCGUCUAACAAAUCUUAAUUUAUAUGUUCAAAUCUCAUGGGGAAUAUAAUCUUUAUUCGGAGAAGAUUAGGAAAAAUUAAAUUAUGUCUUUUUCAAAACAAUAAGUUAAAUAUAUAUAUAUAUUAAUUAAUAAAUAAUAAUGAAAGGAAAAUCAUUUUUAAAGUAUAGUCAUAAAUAAAUAUCGAUAAUAUCAUUUAAAAUGUAUGACCUUUCAUUAAAUUUAAACAUUAAUUGAAACAGUUUGGUGACUUAUUGUAAAGCAGUUUAUCUAAGAUAAUGAAGUGUUUAGAGAAGAGUUUGUUCUUCAAAUUUAAUUAUACAAUGCCGUAUAUGAUAAUUAAUUAUAUUCGCUUCCAACUACAAUAUUUCCCUUGUUAAUUUAAAACCGCUGAAAAAUUUGGGUAACAAUUACGUAAAAUCGUCGCUCCCCCAUGUAAGAAUUUGUAUAAAAAUUGCAUUAAAAAUAAUAAAGUUCAAAUUAAAUAUGCUAAAAUAGUGAGUGCAUACAAAUAACUUACGAGGAAGGUAUUUUAUUAGAUAAAAAUGUUCAAUUUAACCCCAUAAAACUCGUCGGAAAAA